AUGGCUCUCAGCAAUGAUAAAGUUUUUGGUAAUAUUAAAUUUGAAGGAAGCGGCACUGAAGAAUUUGAAGGAAGUAGCUCUGAGGAAUCCAAAGGAAGUGACUCUGAAGAAUUUGAAGAAAACAGUAUCAAGGAAUCUAAAGGUAUAAUAAAUAUGCUAAAAUAUUAA